AUGACAGUGGGCGGAGCAUACAUGACAGUGGGCGGAGCAUACAGGACAGUAGGUGGAGAAUACAUGACAGGGCGGAGCUUACAGGACAGUAGGUGGAGAAUACAGGACAGUGGGCAGGGUAUACAGGACAGUGGGCGGAGCAUACAGGACAGUGGGCGGAGCAUACAGGACAGUGGGCGGAGCAUACAGGACAGUGGGCGGAUCAUACAGGACAGUGGGCGGAGCAUACAGGACAGUGGGCGGAUCAUACAGGACAGUGGGCGGAUCAUACAGGACAGUGGGUGGAGCAUACAGGACAGUGGGCGGAGAAUGAAGGAUAGUAAAAGUGGUGAUCCUUGGAAGUUUUGUGUUAUCCAUUUUGCUCAUGUGUCUCUCACUCGUCAAGCGGCGACUAAGCUUGUAUUAUUGACUUCCCCGCAGGUGGUGAUCUCGCAACAGGUGGACGUGGCCGGGCCGCUGCUGGCCGUGUCUGACAACAUGUUCGUACACAACAACUCUAAACACGGCAGGAGGGCCAAGCGUCUUGACCCGACUGAGGGCAUGUUUGGACUGUACCCACCGUUGCCGGCCACCCCGUGCAUCAAGGCCAUCUCCCCGUCGGAGGGCUGGACCACGGGCGGCGCCACCGUCAUCAUCAUUGGCGACAACUUCUUCGACGGCCUCCAGAUAGUCUUCGGCACCAUGCUGGUGUGGAGCGAGCUGGUGACGUCACACGCCAUCAGGGUGCAGACGCCCCCCCGUCACAUCCCGGGGGUGGUGGAGGUCACGCUUUCUUACAAGUCUAAGCAGUUCUGCAAAGGCGCCCCGGGAAGAUUCGUCUAUGUCUCGCUGACGGAGCCGACCAUCGACUACGGGUUCCAGCGCCUGCAGAAGCUCAUCCCUCGGCACCCCGGCGACCCGGAGAAGCUGCCGAAGGAGAUUAUUUUGAAGCGCGCGGCGGACCUGGCCGAGGCCCUCUACUCCAUGCCAAGGAACAACCAGCUCGCCCUUCCGGCGCCCCGCUCUCCCGCCAUGAACCAGACCUCCGCUAUGACCGGCUUCAAUACAUAUACCGGCCAGCUGGCCGUCAGUGUCCAGGACACUGCUAACACACAGUGGGGCGAAGAGGACUACGCGCGCGCUCAGGGUGCCGGUGUCGGCAUCUCGUCGCCCCGAGGGGCGGGCUUCGCCUCCAACGCCUCCACCCCCCACUCCUCCUCCACGGGCUCCUCCUCCUCCUCUUCCUCCUACGGUGCCUCCAUCAACACCAGCGGGUACUCGUCCCCCUCCGGCCUGGCCAACAUGAGCGCGUCUCCGACCAUCUUCAGCAGCAGCACUAGAAUGGGCGGGUUUAUGUCUUCAGCCUUCUCCUCCAUGGGGCACUUCGCCCUGCCGCCCUGCAGCGCCCAGGCCUACGGUCACACACUCGUCCACUCGCAGGCCAAGUGAUAAACAACACCUCCACCCUCUGGGCCUCUUCAGCAAGCUCGGUGAUGCUAGUUUUCAACGACAACACAACUCUUCCAUUGCUUCACGUCGUUGUUUUAAACUAAGGAGUAACAUUUCAAAGGCUUGCCGAGAAGCCAGGGCCAAACCGAAGCUCUACUGUGAUUGACUUGUUUGAGUGUGACGUCACAUUAAAUACAAAUAGCUCAUUGGUCAGCUGAGGUUAUGAAUGACGUCACAUGCACAGUAGUAGAAUUUAAUUGGCUAGCCAGCCUCUUGAAAAUGGCAUCAGACUACGAAGCAGAGGUUAACUGGUCUGUUACUCCUGUGAAUGUCUGCUCACGCUGGACGUCAACAUCUCAUCAAUCAACGACCGAGCACAUGUGAGGGGGGGGGCACCAGCAACAUACCAGGAGCACCGAAUCUCAUCACUCCCACCAUACUCAUUAUAUUCAUCAAGAAAAGACUUUUAAUCAACGCAAGGCAUUCAUUUAGCGAUAGUUGUCACACACUCGCCCCAUCCUGCCGUGAAGCAGACACCCCCGUGGUAGAGAGGGACCAUGCACACACCUCAUGACCAUGAAGGAACGUGAUUGAUGGUGAUUAUCACGUGAUUGAUGGUGAUUAUCACGUGUGGAACGAUGAAUAUGAGUGUUCCAAGGUCACAAAGGCCAUGGACGGGGCCAGGUAGACUCUCUCUUAUGCGAUUUAAACUUAUUUUUGUUUUUAAUGUGGGCAGCUCUCUUGAUCCCCAUGCUUGGGUCCCUUACCUCCAACUAGGUGAUGUAAAUCAUAAGAUUUACAUCUGUUUCAUUUUUUCCAUUGACCGUUGAUUACGAAGCUAAAGGUAGAGUUGUACACUCCAAGAUGUGGAUGAGAAUGUGUGAAUGUCAACAUGGUAAUCUUGAAGCUCCCAGGUGAUGUGAUGGAGAUGGAGUCGACGGCUUCCAAGGUAGAUCUGAAGCUGGCAGACUCUCAAGCUGUGUGUCAUCAGGCUUAAGCUGCCUGUCGGGCUGAGCAAAGCGAGCAGGCUUAAGCUGGCUCUCAGGCUGUGCUGGCGAGAGGGCUUAAGCUGGUUAUCGCAAGCUGUAUAAGCAGGCUGAAGCUGGCUGGCUCUCAAGCUUUGUUAACAGGCAGCUUUCAAGCUGCGUGUGAAGACUUCUAUCAGACUCUACAAGUAUUUUAACCAUUCAAUACAUCAGUAAUUUAUAUAAUAAACAUCUUUCAAGAUGGACACUACUCCUGUGAGUGUCGCAUCUAAUUAAUAUUCCACAAAGAAAUAUAUUAUUAUUAUUAUUAUUAUUAUUAUUAUUAUUAUUAUUAUUAUUAUUAUUAUAUAAUUGAAUAAGGAACAACAAUUGGACGUGACACCAGAUUAACAACACAGUCCCGUGUGUGUGCACAUCACAACCCAUUGCUAAUUUUUCCUGUUGAAAUCUUUUCUCCAAAAAAUGAGUUCCCUAUUUUGAUAUCUGGAGCCGCAGGGCGGGAGUGAGCCAGCAUGUAGCGGUCCCCUGCGGGUCCUGUACACCCGUCCUCAAGGCAUGGCUACUUGGUCUACAUUUAUUAAUGUGUUUAUAAGCUACGAAGUGCUACGAGGUUGUUUAUAACCACAAUAACCUUGGGUUGUAACGUUUUGGAGCUCAUUAACCGUUUAAUAAAUGUAAACAAAGCCGCCAUGAUGGAAGAAAAGGUACAGUUUUGGUAAGUUGUGGUGUGACAGGUUAAUGACUCCUGGUCGAAAGUGUUUGGGCCCGCAACAGGUGUGUGUGUGUGUGUAGUUGUGUUGCAUUACGCCACAACACUUACAAAUGAAAGCAUGAAACACUACUACCUAAUGUAGCGUAGUUGUGGCGGUAACCUUCAUGGGCGUGCAUGGUAACUAUGCUGGACACGGUACAUGGUACACGGUACACGGUCCACCUGCGGGCUACGUACCUCUUUCCGUGACAAUGGCGACUAAAUCGGUAUUUACUAAACAAUUUACGAGCUCUGGAGAGUCACGAGGUCAUCCUAAGCUGAGGGUUCUUUCAUGGGCGACCUCGUAGUGCUUCGGAGAUCGUAAACAGUUUAGUAAAUGCACGGACUUAGCGGUAAUGAUGGAAUUGAGAGGUACAGAUCUCGUAAGUUGGCAAGUAAGUGCUCUGUAAAUUAUGGCCUAUACUUGUAAAUUAUGUUCUGUAUAUACCUGUACAUUUUUAUUCAUUGUAAACGAAUACCUUUGUUAAGUUAUUUGAUGGUUAUAUCUUUUGUAGAUGUUAAUAUUAUGCAUUUUUAUUGGUGGAAAUUGCAAAGUCACCUCUGUUUAUUUUUACCACAUGGUUGAACACUUCCCUAAAAUGUCACAAAUAAGGCGAGGAUUUAUCAGGGAUUUACGCGUCCACUUACGAAACCUGUACAUCUGUCAACAGUCAUGGCGGCUUUGUUUACAUCUAUUAAUUAAACAGUGUAUGAGCUUGGAAACUUCACAACCCCAAGGUUAUUAUUGUUAUAAACAACCUCGUAGCGCUUCGGGGGGUGGGGGGUGGGGGGAUCAUCAUCUUUUUUUUUUCAAAUAAAGAUAAACAAAGCCGCUAUGGACGAGGCAAGCUGAACAGGUUGGGCAAGUGGGUGACGGUAUCUCUUCAGCCUCCGACCAUAAGCGUUCUCUACGCCCGGGUGCGGCUCGCUGGAAGCGCCAAUCGCGGCCUGUGAGGUGGGCCUUGUUUUAAACACAACGACCUUGUUUGGCUUAGCGACUUUUAUCGCGGGAUUGGCCCUUCCGGCGGCGAGCCGCACCUUUUUUUUGGCUUUUAAGGAUUUUUUUUUUUUCUCUUUCUGAAUGAUCCCGAGGAGUUUUUUGACGAACAAUAAGAGUUUCCGGAUGCUAAACUUUUCUAUUGUACCUGUACAUGGUCGUAAUAGUACAUAUCAUUUACAAAUACUCAAAUUAUAUAUGGAGACACGACCGCGCAGACCAUUGCUCACUGGACAAAAUACGUUCGAGUGACGUUUAAUCAACCUAAAAAAUCGACGUUAAAUCGACGUAGACUAAACGCCAAAUCGGCGUCGUUUGCCCGGCGGGUUGAGGUAUGGACCAGACCAUGGGCCUGAGAGCAGGGAUGGGGUCCCCCAUGGCCCAGGUUGGUAGGGUUCGAAACCAAAGGGUCCUCGCCGGACGCCGUCUCCAUGAUUCAAGGUCUAUUCAGGAAUUUGUAUACUAAGGAAGGUGGUGUUGGCGGUGGUGUGAGCGGACGGGGCCUUAACACGCUCGUCACUCGCGUAGUUGGAAAGAAUGGCAAAAUUAUUCUAGAGUUACGGGUGUAAUUUGUAGUGUUUUAUUAAGGCUCCUUGUGACGUUAGUACUCAGGACUCAGUACAACAGCAUGUAGUACUCCCAGUACUUAAAACCUGUUUUUAGGACUCCCUAGUACUUGGGACCUCCUAGUACUUAGGACCCCAGUACUUAGGACCCCCAGUACUUAGGACCCUGUACUCAGGACCCCCAGUACUUAGGACCCCUGUACUUAGGACCCCUGUACUUAAGACUCCUAUACUUAGGACCCCUGUACUUACAACCCCCAAUACUUACGAUCCCCAGACCUGUGAUGCCAGGACUUUACGACCUAAACUUUAGUGACCGACGGCCAACAUUCAUCAUUCCAGUACUUACGACUCGAAAUAUUCGUGAUCCCCGUACUUAACGACCUCCAGCAUUCGUCCCCAGUCGUGACAAGCGCUCGUUCGAGACCAAUCACCGCCAACGACACCUUCCGCCACGCGGGCGCGCGCGUGCGCCAUCACCACCAUCACGGCGGCUCAGCUGCCAGCGCAUCAUCGCUAUCUUAUGUGUGAUAGUUCCACUACCUUUAUGUGUCUAGGUUAAGAACAAUUAAAUGUAUUCUUUAUCUUGUACAGAGUAAAAUUUUCAGCUUAAUUUACUAGGUGUACAAUAAAUUUUAUAAAAAUCUA